UAUCUGUCAAAUUUUGUUAUUAAUUCUACUACUAAUAAUAAUAAUAAUAUAAACAAAACAAUCAGUUAUUAAAACCCCAUUUGAAAUUACGCCAAAUAUAUUUUUCUAUAUUCAUGGCUUAUUAGUGAGGGAAAAUGGACAACAUUCAGGAGAUAUUGGACUUUUCAUCGAAGAAAUUGAAGAAACUGAACAAGCCACAGCAAGUGGAAGUACAGGCUGUAACAUUGAUACUGGAUGACAAUGAUUUACAAAGACUGGAUAACAUAGACACUUUUAUCAAAUUACAAAAGUUAUCUGCAGUCCGCAAUCAUUUGCUCCGGAUGAAUGGUGUUUUCAGGUUGCAAAAUUUACAGACAUUGAAUUUAGCUCAUAAUAAUAUUUUAACAAUUGAGGGACUAAAAGAAUUGGCUCAAUUGAAGUUUCUCAAUUUGGCUGGGAAUAACAUUAAGACAAUAGAGCAUUUGAAUACUAAUGUGAACUUGGAACAUCUGGACCUGUCAGAAAAUAUGAUCACUCAUGUUACAGAUCUAUCCUUUCUUCGCAACCUUAAGGAAUUACUUUUGCAUAACAAUAAGAUCAGUCAUUUGAGGCAAUGUGAAAGAUUUCUACCUAACAGUUUAGUCACACUCACAAUAGCCUCCAAUAAUAUUCAAGAUCUGAACGAAAUCUCACAACUAGUCAAUCUUAUUAACUUGAACAGCAUCUCCAUUGCCAGCAAUCCCUGUGUUAACAUGAUUGAUAAUAAAAUAGGUUUCAAUUACCGUCCAUUCAUAAUAAAUUGGUGUUUGAGCGUAAAAGUUGUGGAUGGUUACAUGGUGAAUGCUAUAGAAAGUUUGAAGGGUGAAUGGUUGUAUUCGCAAGGGAGAGGAAGACAUUUUCGCGUCGGCGAUCACCAAGAGCUUUGCCAAUAUUUGACUUCCGUGUGUCCUGUGACUGGUGAACUACUUGAAACGGAGGAGGAUAGGAAAUUAAGGCUAAUCUUAAGCAAGGCGCAACACCACCAACAACAACUUAGAGAACAAGGUAACUCUCCUAUACCGUCCCCAUCGGUCAGGAAAAAAUUCCAUGGAUCCAAACAUUCCCCUAGGUUAAACUCUUCUAGAUUAAGUAGUCGUUCGAAAUCGCCAGAUAAAAUGUCGUCUAGCUGUUAUAACAAUUCGAAUAACAUCAUGGACAAUUCGUGUAUAAUGACCCAGAGUUUAGAUCCAAGUUUACUUAAUCAAACACCAAUCAUUGAUCCGAUGCGUGAUACUAACGGGAUCUGCUUAGACGAUACUGAACCAAUAAACAGUCCUCUUCAAGCCCUAUCGAAAUUAGUGCCUGUGCCCGAAUCGUUGAUGAGCCCGGAUUAUAGACCAUCACCGUUGGUUUCGCGACUCGCUGCAUUAGGUACACCAACGAAUAUUAACAUCAAAUCUACUCCGAAAAUGGUAGCGCCGAUGAAAUCGCCGAAGAUGACUCGAAGCCAAAUUGCCAAACCUCGCACAAACUUGAAUAUCGAUAAUAGAAGAAAUAAUAGCCCGAGUCCAGUUAGAAAUCGAAAGAACAUGAAUGGCAGUAAACCCAAUACACCGCCAACUAAUCAUAAACCGCUCGUUUCGGCUAUGAAAAAGUCGCCGAGCACCGAAGACGAGUCGGAAAUGUGCGAUGCGAAAUUGCAAACAAUUCAAAUGAAAGCAGAAGAGAGGAGAAUGCAAAAGGAUAAUGAGAUUUCCAGUAAUAGCAGUGGCGACGAGAAGGCCGAGAUGGCUGCAAUUUUUAUACAAAAGAUGUGGCGCGGCUUCUAUGCGAGGAACCGUGACAAAAAUGUACAGGAUGCGUACAAGUGUUUGCAAGCUCAGCGAGCAGACGAAUACCUAAAGAAAUUGGCCACCGACAUGGAAUCAACGAAAGCUGCGCUGGAGAGUGAACGAAAAAUACAGAUGCUGCAAAUGCAAGCUAUAAACGCGUUAUGGAAGAAAGUGUCUGCCCUUCAACCUGAAACAUCCAACGAUACGCAACCAUCUGUAGCUGCUAGUAAUCAAUCGGUCAACAGUUUUGGAUCUCUCGAUAACACGGCCAUCGUUAAUAAUUUGGCGCAAACGUGCACGUCAUUACAAACACAAAUACAACAAUUGCAAGGAUCGAUGCAGGAUAUUGCGAAAUUCAUGUCGUUCUUUAGUCAAAUUCAACCAACAUUGAAUCAACAGUUUAAGGAAACUGUAGCUGGGACUCAGACCGAAAUUAUUGCCGUCCAUACACCUCAAGGCGAGGGAGCCAAGAAUUUCCCCUUCCAGAAGCAAGCACGUCCCUCUUCGCUGCCACUGCCCGUAAAUCAAAAGAAUCAACAGAGAAGAUCCGAACCUCUCGACGCUGAUGUCCGUCAAUUUGCUGGUAGUCUAGUGGACGGAGUUAUAAAAACUGUAAGCGAAACCAGAGCGGAUUGCUUCGGGGUAGCACAAAACACCGAGAUUACUGUUACGGAUAUGGAAAGAAACUGCGAAGAGGCGAAAGAGGCAUACCAAGAGAACUAACAACUCUUGUACUUCUUUUUUUAAAUUAUUAUAAUUGUUCUCAUCUGUGGUAAUAUAAUUUUAAGGGCUCGCACCAAAAAAAAAAAGAAAGAAAAGCUUCGUUAAGAUAUUGUAGGUAUCUACUAGAUUAUUUAAUUUUAUCGUUUUAUGUUACUACCGUUAUGCACAUUCCAUACUGUUUGCACGCGCACAAAUUUUUACUUGGGAGAGAGAAGAGAAACGGCAUUUUAAUUCUGUGAUUUUAGUUGUUUUUUUUUAUGUUGUUUUUAAUUAUAGGAAGCGAUGAUAUUUAGUGGAAAAUAAAUUUUAAAUUUGCAUUUCGCAAGUGUUCGAAGGUUGUACGUUUUUUGAUGACAAUGAAAACGCACUUGUAAAGUGGCUUCAAAUUGUUGAUGAGGAUUUCAUUAGGACGUAUAAAGACUAUGUUAAAUGUUUUAAAACGGUAUCAAUCGAAUCAAAUAAUAUAAAAGACAAGGAACCAAAACUAUAUCCUCAUUGUGAAACAAAGUCUAUUAGCAUUUGAUAUGUUCUUUGUUUUAUUUACUCUUUUUUUUAUUACCGGACGUUUUUAAGUAAUUUACAAAUGUUUAGAGAAUGUGCGAGUUGCGCGCUAUUUUCUAUGAAUUAUCUCAAUUCUUUUUUUGUAAACGAAUUAUUAACAAUAAUAAUGUUAUCUAUGCAUUAAAAUAUUAUUAAGUAUGUUUGCUUAAGCACUUCAAGCCUUAAUCUAGUUAAUUAAAAAACUUACAUUGUGAAUGAACAAGGAAUGAGAUUGUUAUUGGCUUGACAUGUUACAGAGAAUAAAUUUCAAAUGUUUCUUCUUCA